ACACAUAUUCUGUGCUUUCAGUUUCACAUUGACAGAUUUCGGAGAAAUGAACUGUGUGGGAUAUCCCCGUCCCCACGCUGAAUAUAAAGCCUGACUGACACCGAUCUCCGUCAGUGAUAAUGACCAGCACCAUGGCCGCGCAGCUUCUCAGCUUUCUCAUUGAUUUCCAGAGCACUCGGAACAAGGUCCAGGAGCUGAAGCCCCCUGUUAUUGCAAAACCUGCUUCUCCACAGGCAAAGCCCCUCAAUAGUACCCACCUGGCAGUACAGAAACCCGAGCCCCCGGCCCCCAGCAGCUCCUGCCAGCUCCGUCUGAUGGGCUGUAAUGGGCAGAAUGCCCUCCUGAGCGCCCGCUCCGACAGCACCGUCCAGGAACUGAAGGAGAAGAUUUUCCUGCAGACCGGGAUCCCAGCAAAGAGCCAGAUCCUGUACAUCAACAACCAGACCCUGCAGGAUGGCAAGGUGCUGCGGGAUUUUAACCUCCGAGGGCUCACUGACCUGCUGGUGGUACACAAGGUGCGGGGAGGGUAACACUCUCCCCACCCUCCCACAGAGAGGCAGGAAUUCCGGGAUGUCUCCUGUUCCCGGGAAAUGAUCAGUCUGUGUUUGAUGAAACUCCCUCCGUCGGUCUGAGAGCGGGAUGCAAUCUCCCAGCCUGUGCCAUCUCUCUCUCUCUCUCUCUCUCUGUGUGUCUCACUGUCUCCUGUUCAAUGUCCAAUAAAGACAAUUGGUGUUUACCAUCCAG